AUGGCGAUUUGUAGGGGACUGCAUAUAUUCUUCGCUCUGAUACUCUUCACCAUCUUGGCCCCCAAUCAGGCGAAGAAAUCGAAUGAAGAUUUGAAGACUGUGACGCAUAAAGUUUUUUUCGAUGUUGAGAUUGAUGGAAAACCUGCUGGACGUAUUGUCAUGGGCCUCUUCGGAAAAACAGUUCCCAAGACAGUAGAAAAUUUUAGAGCUUUGUGCACAGGGGAGAAAGGUAUUGGUAAAAGUGGGAAGCCCCUGCAUUACAAGGGAAGCACAUUCCAUAGAAUUAUUCCCAGCUUCAUGAUUCAAGGAGGCGACUUUACCCUCGGUGAUGGAAGAGGUGGAGAAUCAAUUUACGGGGAAAAAUUUGCCGACGAGAAUUUCAAGAUCAAGCAUACCGGACCUGGGCUUCUGUCAAUGGCAAACGCUGGGACCGAUACCAACGGUUCCCAGUUCUUCAUCACCACUGUGACGACCAGCUGGUUGGAUGGCCGUCAUGUUGUGUUCGGAAAGGUUUUGUCUGGAAUGGACGUGGUGUACAAGAUGGAGGCAGAAGGUAGGCAGAGCGGCACACCUAAAAGUAAAGUUGUGAUUGCGGAUAGUGGCGAACUGCCCUUGUAA